AUGUUCUCAUCGGUGAAGCGGAUCAUCCUCCAUCCCAAUUACGACAAGCAUUUCCUUGCCGACAUCACCCUGGUGGAGCUGGAGAAUCCAAUUGCAUUCAUGGCCUCCAUCAGCCCUGUGUGUCUCCUUGAUGCUUCCGUUCGUGUGCCUGAUGGGAAGCCAUGCUGGGUGAUGGGCUGGGGGAACAUUUCCCCACAAACGAGUUCUUCCCUAGUGGAGACACUGCAGGAGCUGGAGGUGCUCACUGUAGACACCAUGAUCUGCAACGAUCGCUUCCAGGAAGCAUUACCAAAGCCUGCGGGUGACAACUCCAUCAAAGAGGACAUGAUGUGUGCAGGACACAUGGAAGACUAUAAAGGGACGGCUCCCGGUGAUUCUGGGGGACCCCUGGUGUUCAAACAGGAUGGGACCUGGUACCUUGCUGGGAUUGUGAGCUGGACACUGACAGGAAAAGUGAACAAGGUACACAGUAUUCUCCCUGGUUACCCUGGGGUCUACAACCGCCCAAAUGCCCACAAUGACUGGAUCCAAGAGAAUGUGCCUGGUGUGACUUUCAAAGUGGUGAACUUCCCUUCCAAGAGUGCCCAUCCCUCUUCCAUCAUCUUCAGGGUCCUUCUCCUCACUGUGCUUCUGCAGCUGACCCUCUGACCACCCCACCAGACUGGG